AUGCAAUUCGUGGACAAAGAUAAGGACCGAGCUUCGGACAUUGAUUUCACUAAGGAAGACCUGGAGCAAAUCAGCCACAUCAUCAACCAGGGCAACGUCUUCGAUCGCCUCGUGCACUCGCUGUGCCCCGGAAUUUAUCGGAAUGAUAUCGUAAAAGCAGGUUUGAUCCUCGCAUUACUCGGUGGAACGCGGAAUUCGGACGAGAAAGACACCACGUGUGUACGCAGAGCAGAUUCCCAUGUGCUGGUUGUUGGAGAUCCUGGUCUGGGUAAGAGUCAGAUGCUUCGAGCUGUAUCCAUGGUAGCGCCACGAGCUGUCUAUGUCGGUGGAAACACAACGACAACGACAGGAUUGACCGUUACAAUGGUGAAAGACGGAUCUGGUGACUACGCGCUGGAGGCUGGAGCUCUCGUUCUGGCAGAUCAGGGUGUGUGCUGCAUUGACGAGUUCGAUAAAAUGGGAAUCGACUAUCAGGCGCUACUGGAAGCCAUGGAGCAACAAAGUAUCAGUAUUGCCAAAGCAGGAAUCGUUUGCAAUUUGAAUGCGCGGACAUCAGUCAUCGCCGCUGCAAAUCCAAGCGGUGGCCACUACGAUCGCAGUCGGUCGGUUGGAGAAAACCUCAAAAUGAAAGCUGCACUACUGUCUCGCUUCGACCUGGUCUUUAUCCUGUUGGACCGACCAGAUGAAGAAAGAGAUCGACUGUUGUCAGAGCACGUGAUGAACUCACAUGCACGUGGCAAGCAAAAAUCAAGAAAAAGGACGCGAGAUAGCAGUGCUACGACCUCUUGGAGCUCCAACAGCUACGUUGACGAACCCGUAAAUGGAUACGAAGACAUUCAAGAGUCUGGACGUCGUAUGCUGUCACACCGUCUGCGUCAGAACGCGUCCGAGUACAGUAUGAACCCGGUCCCCCUUUACUUUGUACGUAAGUUCAUUGCCUACGCUCGUCGAUAUGUGCAUCCACGGCUGUCGUCCGAAGCCGCUGCUGUCCUCCAGAAGAAGUACCUGGAGCUGCGUUCAGCGGGCGAAGGUCAACAGAAUCCGACGGACAGUAUUCCGAUUACAACACGUCAGCUCGAGUCGAUGAUUCGUCUGUCCCAAGCUCGUGCUCGAGCCGAACUCGCUGAAACGGUAUCCGCUGAACACGCACAAGACGUCGUUGACAUCAUGCAGGAGUGUCUGCUGGACACGUACAUUACGGAGGAUGGGAACCUGGACUUCGGACGCAGUGGAGGGAUGAGUCUGGCCAAGAAGGUCAAGGCCUACGUCGCAAGACUCAUGAAAGCUGCAGCCAGGCGCAACACUUCGUUGUUUUCAAUGGAAGACUUGCUCGAAGUUGCUGACAGCAUGGGACUCAAGGUGGAUGACUUCCGUGACUUCGUUGACAUCCUACGGAACGAAUGUUAUUUACUCAAGAAAGGCCCAGGACAGUUCAAAGUGCAAGUUUCAUCGUACAACAUGAUGUAGCCAAUUUUGACUGCAUGACAGAGAUCUAGAAUUACUAUCGCUCACUAUCGUUCACGAACGUGGGCUUUUACUAGUGGUUAUUUUAUUAAUUCCGAUGGAAGUACUAAGUCGCAACAACAGCAAAUGUAUCACUCAGG